AUGUCAGCAUCCUGCACGAACGACGCCUGCUCUUCCGACGCCGCGAUAGCAAAGUGUACAGCGAGCUCAGCACCAGCUUGCUACCAGUGGCAAUUCAUCUACGAUAGGAUAGUCCUUACACAGUAUGGCUGUGCGGCCAGCGCCUUUACAAGUACCGCGUACCAUAGCCUGGGCAUGAGCCUGCCAACCAGCUCCGCAGCGAGGGAAACCGUUACCGCGACCGUCACCAAGGAAUCUAUCAGCACGCCGACUUCCUCCAGUUCUUCCUCAUCCAGCUCGUCAAAACCCAGCUUGGGCGCCAUCAUCGGUGGCACAAUCGGCGCAUGUCUCUUUGUCUCCUUCAUCCUUUUCGUCGUCUUUCUUGCAUGGCGCCGUAGGAAAGAAGCAGCGAAGAACAAUCCGCGCUCUGCUGGUGCUUUUCAUCGGACUAGCCAACAAACCACGGUGGAGUACAAUCCGAUGGGUUUCCCCUCUCCAGGCUUUUCGUCGUCAGGGUUGCCUUCACCGGCUAGUCCGUAUAGCGAUGAUAGCAAGACCUGGCAACAAUAUCUAUCGAGAAUGGGCAGGGGUAGGGACCAGGUGGAUAUUGUGGAAGUCGACGGGACAUCUAGGGCGGUGGAGGCGCCUACGGCUGAAAAGUGA